AUGGCGACAACAAAGGACAUCAUCGCCGACUUUGAGGCAUGGCAGACCAAGCUCUUCCAGACACUCGUCAAGGCAACCAAGGCAGCCAAUGCCAUCCCUGCAGGCGAUGUCUCCUUCUACAAGACACUCGAUCGUGACUUUGCCAACAACAUGAAGGAGGCCUCCGCCUCGACCCUCGACAUGUGCAACGGUAUCCUGCGUCAGGCUGGUGGACAGAGCGUCGAGGAGCUCAAGGACGGCGACGAUAUGAAGGACCGUUUUGAUAUUAUUGUUGAUGUUGUCGAUAACAUGCUGGAGAAAGUGGAUGUUGUUAUGGAUGAAAUGAAGGCACCAAGAAAGAAGGGUGGUGCAGCCAUUGCCCAGAGUGCACCCGUCGUCGCCCUCGCCAAGAGCAACAAGCUGGAAUACAAGUUGAUCCACGCUCAGAACAUUGCUCGCCCCCAGCUCCGAUUCCCAGACCCUGUCGACAACUCCUCAACACCCUUUGCUCGAAAGAUCAACUAUAAGCCUAACGCCAAGGUUGAUCUCAAUUACGGCAUGGACCUCAACAGCGACACACCUUCAGAGUUGAUUGAGCAGCCCCACCCAUACGAAUACGAGAUCAAGCAUUUGGAAUACCCCGAACACAUGUUUGAGCAGCGCCCCGAACAACUCUACCACCCCUUCGACACCACUUCGGCGAUCUGGGUCGAGACUGAGGAGGAACUCAAAGAAAUGUGCAAGUCAUUGGAGGUGCAGCGGGAGAUUGCUAUCGAUUUGGAGCAUCACGAUUACCGGUCAUUCCAGGGCUUUGUCUGUUUGAUGCAGAUUUCCACACGCGAUCAGGAUUAUAUUAUUGAUACAUUGGAGCUUAGGGGUUCGUUGCACCUUUUGAACCAGUCGUUUACGGAUCCCAAGAUCGUCAAGAUUUUCCAUGGUGCCGAUCACGAUAUCAUUUGGUUGCAGCGGGACUUUGGAGUUUAUAUCGUCAAUCUUUUUGAUACCUAUCACGCCAGCAAGCUUCUCGAAUUCGGCGCACAUUCGUUGGCGCAUUUGCUCAAACUGUAUGCGGACUAUGAUGCGGACAAGAGAUACCAGCUUGCAGACUGGCGUAUUCGGCCAUUGCCAAAGGAGAUGCUCAACUAUGCACGAUCGGAUACCCACUUUUUGUUGUACGUGUACGAUCGGAUGAGGAACGCCCUUCUGGACAAGUCCAACCCCGUCACACACAACCUCCUCCACGCAACACUUCAACGCUCAGCUGAAACCUCUCUCAAACGACACACCAAGGAGAUCUACGAUGCCGAAGGAGGCGAUGGACCUGGCGGAUGGAGGAACUUGUACUCCAAGUGGAACCGUGCCCUUAACGGACAGCAGUUUGCGGUCUUCAAGGCUGUCCAUGCUUGGCGUGAUCAGAUGGCUCGUGAGGAAGAUGAGAGUAUUCGGUAUGUGCUGCCCAACCAUAUGAUGUUCACACUGGCGGAAAAGAUGCCUGAAGAGUCUGCGGCUGUCUUGGCGUGCUGUAACCCUGUCCCACCACCUGUCAGGAUGCAUGCCACCGACUUGGCGCUCUUGAUUGCCCAGACAAAGUCGCGUGUGACCUCUUUGGUGGCCAGUCAGAAGAUUGUUGAGAUUCAAGUUCCUGUUCAUGUGCGGUUCGACCCCAAGACUGGGCUUCAGGGAACUGAUGAGGCAAAGUCUUCAACAGAUGCUCAUGCUUCUUCUACUACUUCUGCCCUUGCCGCGAAGGCCGCUACAUCUUCGAGCCAGAGUGGCAAGUCCUUGGUCGCUUCGUCGUCGUCCAUGUUCCAGUCGACAGUGGGACCCAUCGCCAACAGACCCGUGGUCGACCCUACGCCAUUCAUAGCCAAGCGCUCAGGAAUGUUUGGCGACAUGUCUACAUCCAAUGCUUCGAAGGAGGCGCAGGUGGCUGAGGAGAGGGCUUCAAGAAUCAUGUACGAGCUCUCUAUCCAGCGCGAGUCUGCAGCCGCCGUCUUCAAGGAGAUCGACAGUGUUGUACAGGUUCAGCCUGAGCCUGAGAAGGAGGUUGUACCAGCAGCGGAGGAGGAAGUUGUGUUUGUCCCUCAAGAGGAGCGUGCUACCAAGAAGCGUACAGAUGUUUUGUUGUUGAACACAAUGUCCAAGAAGCGCUCAAGAGCCUUGGAUGAGGAUCGUGCCGAGUUGAGGCAGGAGGAGCAGGAGACCGAGGGUGAGACUGGAUCGGGAGUGUCGAGCGCAGUAGAGGGUGGCGAGAACGACGAUGUGGUCGCUAUCAAGAAGAAAAAGUCCAAGAAGGAGAAGAAGGAGAAGACUUCUGCUUCAACUUCGCUAUCCGCAACACCUGCCUCGUCGGCUCCUGGAACAGACAAUGAGGAGGAAGGGUUCCAGCCCUUUGAUUACAGCACGGCUCAGUCGGUCGUCGAUGGAACAAUCGAUGAUGCGAUCAACAAGAAGAAGAAGAAGCAAAGAAAGCAGGCCCCCGCCCCCAAUGCACCUCCCGCACCGUUCGAUCCCUACAACAAGUUGGAGGAAAAGAAGGAGCUCCAGAAAAAGGACGCCUCCUUCUCUCGUGCUCCCAAGUCUGGCUCGCGCAGCAUGAGUUAUGCUCGCAAGUAG